AAGAAGGUUUGGAGUGAAGGGUGUCAGGACUGCCAUCGGUCCAUCACGAUCCUGCAGCUCAUCUCCCUGGUGCUCUUCUCUGCUCUGCUCAUGGUUGUCCUUGCCAAAGUUGCUGUUCCUCCUGCGCAGACACACAGCCUGGAGCAGAUCCAGCAGCAGCUGACUCAGAUCAAUAUCUCUCUGGCUGGCCUGUGCCGGCCCUGCCCCUGGGACUGGGAGCUCUUCCAGGGAAGCUGCUACCUCUUCUCCAGGACUCUGGGCAGCUGGGAAGCCUCAGCCUCCUCCUGCCAGGAUCUUGGAGCCCACCUGGUGAUUAUCAAGAGUUUUGAAGAGCAGAGAUUCAUGAAAUACUGGAAUGUGAGGAAGAACCAACGGUCCUGGAUUGGCCUCAGUGACCACAGACGUGAAGGUUCUUGGCAGUGGGUGGAUGACACCCCUCUGCAGCUCAGCUUUUGGAAAGAAGGGGAGCCCAACAAUGAUGGGGAUGAGGACUGUGUGGAGCUGUUCAUGGAUGACUGGAAUGAUAAUAAAUGCACCGAGCAAAACUUCUGGGUGUGUGAGCAGCCCUCGGCUCCCUGCCCUCGUCACUGAGGGUCUGUGCUUCCCCUAGCUGUGCAGGCAACUUGGGGGCACUCUGCUCUAGUUCCAGCCACCUUAUUCAUCCCCAGUGUCCCUGCUCUGAGUCCUUUGGGAUCUUGAGAGUCCCUGAGAUACCUCCCCUGCAGUUCUCCCCUCUUCUUCUGUGGAUGAUCUCAUUUGCUCUUUUCAGCCCAUGAACCCCUCAGUAGAGCCACACUACCGUGUGUUGGGGCUGUACCUCAAUGACAUGCACUUUACCUAGCAUGAGUGGAUCUCUGAGUUCCAUCCCCAGCACUAAAAUAAAAGAAUGAACAAAAAUUCACACGUGGUCUGAUGUGUUCCAUUCAGUAGAUUGUCUAUUUCUGAACACUGUCUUCACUAAUAA